AGCAUGGUCACACUAACUAGUUUGUGUACAAAAUUUCAGGAAACUAAGUCGAGUUUAACACAACGUUCUUUUGUACAAUUUUAACAUGACUGAAUACUGGAAGUCUAACGAGAGGAAAUACUGUGAUUUUUGCAAAUGCUGGAUCAGCGACAACAAGGCCAGUGUGGCCUUCCACGAAAGCGGCAAGCGACACAAACUAAAUGUGGCCAAACGGAUCACGGACAUCAGUCGCAACAGCGAGAAGUCGGAGCGGGAGCGUCAGAAGAUGGAUGCAGACAUACGUAAAAUGGAGGAAGCUGCCAUGAAGUCAUAUGCCCAGGAUAUUCACAAUCGUAGUGAUAUGACGGCACGUUCAAUCAACACAGUGAUCAAUGCCAGCACGUCCACCAGCGGUAUCACAUCCUCCUCAACAGGUUAUCGAAUGCAACGGCAAGUGGAUCCCAUGCGUUUGGUGGGUGACUCCGAUGAUGAGGAUGGAGAUGAAAGUCGUCGUGUUGGUAUAACCAAAGUGACCGAAUCUGUGGUGCCGGAUGCCUCGCUCUGGGUGGAAGGAAAAUCAGACGAGGGCCACACCUACUAUUGGAACGUGAAGACAAAUGAAUCCGUCUGGGAGCCCCCCAAAGAGGGUUAUCUUUCGUAUGAGGAGUACGAGCGCAUUAAUCAAUUGGCUUUACAUCAGCAGGAGCUGUCACAAGAGCAGGAAUCACUAAAGUUUCGUGCCAAUGCCGACGAGGAAGUUGCCCGUGUAAACCGGGAACGUCUGAAGGCAUUCCGGAAGCCAGAGGCUGCAAAAGAAAAGAAACAAAAGGAGGAGAAACGGCAAACAUUUAAAACGGAAGAGGAGGCAGCCACCAAUGAGAUUGGUCAAUGGCAAACAGUUGUUGUCAAGCCUCCAGAGAAGCCGAUUGAUUGGGAAUUGCCAAACUAUGAUAAUUAUAAGCCUGCACCUGUUGUCCCACAACCUGCGAAUGAUGCAGAGCCUCCAGUUAAACGGUUUAAAGAGAGGACAGUGACUGCUUUAGCAGCCGAUGAGGAUGAAGCGCACAGUGGAAGCUCCUCUUCAACUAUGUUUAAAAAACGGAAAUUUGGCAACAAAGGCAAUGCACGUAAACGUUUGGAUGAUUAGUACAAAUAUGUUAUUGUAAAAAUUAAGUUAACUAGUAAACCGUAGAUGUCAGGAAUUACUAACAUACCAUUCAAAUUAUUUUGGUAAUUAAGAAAUUUUAAAACUUGUAUAUGGCUACAUACAAAA